UGCUUUCCACAAACAACAAGUGUCUGUUCCCUCAGUUCAGUCUCUGUUCUGUUCUACUGUGGAGUGGAAAAGUGGAGAGGAGAGGAGUUCACAGGAGCUGCAUGUCCAAACCUCACAACUAGCUUAAGGACCAAGGGGUUUGGACCAACCCUAUGAGCAAAAAGACGCUGAAAAGACAUCUCUUUGGUUGAAAAGACGUUGAGAAUACAUAUUCUCAACCAUUUUCUGCACACUGGGAAGCUACCCUGGGACUAGUCUCUUGUGACAGUCUGAAAUCGAAUAUCUGAUUUGCUUCUGGUAGGUGCCAACAUUACCCAGACACAGGACAAGAAGACAUGCUGUGACGAGGAAGAGGCUCUUUAUAUUUUGGAUUAGCAGCAGUAGCGGAUGCGGAGGGCGAGGCCACUGAGGCCGCAGUGUUUAGAAACAGAAUUGUAAUGGCUGUUCAAACUGCAAUCAUGAACUCUCCGUUCGUAAACUUCUGUUUCCCGGUCAUGAUGGAGUAUGACAUGGGUCAGAGCCUGGACGGGAGUCCGCUGGAGGAGAGUGAGGAGAGAGGAGAAUACAGGGAAACCACCAGGAGUCUGGACGGGAGUCCGCUGGAGGAGAGUGAGGAGAGAGGAGAAUACAGGGAAACUACCAGGAAUCUGCUCAGCUUCAUAGACUCGGCCUCCAGCAACAUCAAACUGGCUUUGGACAAGCCAGUCAAGUCCAAAAGGAAAGUCAACCACCGCAAGUACCUGCAGAAGCAGAUCAAGAGAUGUACAGGCUUCAUCAGUCCAACAGGGAACCCAGCAGCAGCUCCAGGGGCCAACAAGAGAAAAGUCUCAGGCUUUCCCACCCAGACCCAGACCCAGAUCCAGCCUCAGACCCAGCUUCAGACCCAGCCCAGCCCAUUCCAGCAAGGCAAACCUGUCCACAAGCGAGACGGGCUACAGGCCAACCUCCAGACCAAGAGCCUGGCUGCCCUCUUUAACUCUGUCAAGGAGCCUGUCAAGGGGGAGCGAGCCAAGAAGCCUCCCCUGAGGCACCGUAACCUUCCCCCAUCCUUUUUCACUGAGCCGGCCAACACGACCACCACCUCUCGAGUCACGUCCACCUCGGGCAUGUUCCUGGGUGAUCUGGAACGGGGAGUGGGGAACCCGGACUUCUUUGACCUGCUGGGGCCAGACUACAGUAACAUGCUCAGUGAUCAGGACGUGUUUCAGACUCGCGGCCUGCCCAGUAGGAUCAUCGACCAGGACAUGUUUCAGACUCGGGGCCUGCCCAGUAGGAUCCUCCAGCACCAGCAGACUCAGGACAUAACAGACCAGGUAUCGCCCUACGACCCUCACCAUCUAGUGGGAGGAUUCUUGUAUACAGAGCCUUGGAGUACCUCUUCUCCUUCUAAGAAGGCAGGGGAGGGCGUACGGACGGGCCCAGGAACCCAGACACCCCUGUACUGCCAAUCAGGAGAGGGCGUACGGACGGGCCCAGGAACACAGACACCCCUGUACUGCCAAUCAGGAGAGGGCGUACGGACGGGCCCAGGAACACAGACACCCCUGUACUGCCAAUCAGGAGAGGGCGUACGGACGGGCCCAGGAACACAGACACCCCUGUACUGUCACUCUGUGUCUGACUCCUCUGCGACAGGGUCUACAGAGGAUAGUAACUCACUGUGCACUCUGGCCUUUCCCAACUUCUUCCCAGACUGCUCUGUGUCUCAGGUCUCAUAUGGUCUGAGUUGUGGUGGCUACAACACAAAGGGUUUCUCUUCUCUCUGAUAAGACAUCGCUUCCCUGUCUGAGACUACAAGUUGAGUAGUUCUGGUCCAAAAUGUUAGUGUGACUUGCUAUUGACCAGAGCUACAGAUUGAGAUACUGUCUAAUCGUAUUUGUAACGUACACCUUUUCCAGCAGGUAUAAAAAGUGCAGUGAAAUACUUGUGUGUUAGAGCUCCCUCGACAACGCAGAACAUUUCAUCAAUAAUCAUGUAAUAACAAGUAGUAGAAGUAAGAGACCAGGUAGUAUGCAUAUUGAUCAUGUAGGUAUAUACAAAUAUAAAGUGGGUAGUGGAAUUAAUAGUAUAUAAUAAAACAGUAGCAUUGAUUGUGUGUGUGUGUGUGUGUGUGUGUGUGUGUGUGUGUGUGUGUGUGUG